UUUUUUUUCUUCUUCAACUCCACGAAAUAUGAAAAACGCGCGCGAGGGAGUGACAUUUCGCGUGACGUGCGAAACGCGUGGCCGUGACUGUGCGAACUCCACGUAAUAGGGACGGUGAGAAAGUUUUCGCGAGUUCCGAGACAAAGAUAUACGCACUUGUGAAAAUGGAGGACAUUAUUUCGAAAAAAAUCAAGGAGGAGAAAACGCGCGAUUACGGAGUGGAUGAGAUUAUGGGCGAGAGGACGGGUUUCUUCUCUUACGUCUACUCGUCUUGGCUGACCAAGUACCUGUGGAAGGCGUACCGCAAAGGGAUCACAAUACCAGAGCUGCCGGGUGUCUCGGUCGACGAUAGUUGUGCCUAUAAUAUACAAGAAGUUGAAAAUUUAUGGAACGAAGAAAUAAGACGACGGGGACCAACCUCGGCGUCCCUACUGAUGGUUGCAUGGAGGUUCGUCAGGUCUCGAUUCAUCGUAGCCUGCACACUGAACGCUUGUGCCCAGAUAGUGAAAUUCAUCCUGCAGAUGUAUUUAUUGGGAAAACUCCUUCAAUACAGCGAUGACAAACAAAAAAGCUUUUCAAACGGCGUGCACUGGAUAUUAUACAUAAUAGUCUUCGAUUUGUUUCAAAUGAUGCUGUACACGUGGAGCGAUAUAAUGAACCAGAGGACAGCUCUGCGCCUCAAAUCCGCUUGCCUCUGUCUAUUGUUCAAAAAAGUCACGACCAUCAACAGUAUUAGACAGAAAAAUCCUGAUGAGCUUAUAAGUAUGUUAUCGAAAGACAGUCAUAGGAUUUACGAUGCCGUUAAUUUCGGAACGGCUAUAGUCAAUGCACCCGUGGUUGUACUCUGCCUGACAAUCUACAUUUUGACAUGGAUGAAUCCCUUGGCAAUAUUUGGGCUUCUUGCCUUUCUGGCGUUUUAUGUUGUUCAGUAUUGGUUUCGACACUUUAUAGAUUACUGCGAGAAAAACGCAAAAGAGUGGACCAAAACUAGGAUAGAAAGUACCAUUGAAGCUCUGGAGAACAUAAGAUUGAUCAAAAUUUUCCAGUGGGAACAACCCUUUCUUCGGAACAUUAUGAAUAUACGCAAAAGAGAGAGUAAAUGGAUAUGGAAAAAAACCUACGUGAAAAGUUUGCUAAAUUCUCUGGCCCACGCGAUUCCAAUCAUCACAUUCACUAUAACGUUUUACAUGCACUUUUUGUGCGAAGUCAGCCGAAACAGUAUAGCAUUCAAAGUCUUCCCAAUAUGCAUUGUUUACAUCGUACAGCUGCACGAAGCUUUGGAAGCAAUGAAGACGUCGUUAUCUUAUCUCAAAGACUCAGUAGUUACAUUCAAACGAUUAAAGGGUGGACUAUUAUUAGACGACAGCAGUUGUCCCGCAAUGAAACCCUACGAAGCAUCCCAGGCAUUGGCCAUAGUCAACGGGACGUUCGUCUACGAUGUCUUGAAAAAUCCAAACUUAAAUUCUGACAACAUGAACGAUGUCACUAAGAACAUGGAAAGUGAUCAGGUCAAACCUUCGGAAGAGCAAAAACUAAUGACCAAUACCUUAGAACGCACACGUCUGGAAAUUCUUAGCAACAUCAACUUUAAAGCUAAAAAGGGUCAGCUGAUUGGUGUCUGCGGUCCAGCUGGAAGCGGAAAAUCUUCAUUGCUCCUUGCCACAUUAGGUCAGAUCAAGAUGACGUCUGGACAGUUGCUCAGACAAGGAAGCUGUGCUUACGUUGCUCAGAAAGCUUGGGUUGCCAAUACAACGAUCAAGGACAAUAUACUGUUUGACGAAUCAUUGAACAAAAAGAGGUACUACGAGGCCCAGAUUGUAAGCAAACUUAGACAGGACAUUAAAAAUCUUCCUGACAAUGAAGAUACGGAAAUUGGAAAUGGGGAAUUAGACAUUGAUGAGGUUUUAAAGCAAAAAAUUGCAUUGGCUAGGGCUUUCUAUGCAGAUCGUGAUGUUUAUUUCUUGGACGAUCCACUUAGUUGUAUGGAUGAUAAUUUGAGCAAGGAAAUUUUUGAGGAUCUCAUUAUUCGAGCGCUCGCUGAGAAAACCAUAAUCAUGGUGACUAAUGAUAUUGAGUUUUUAGACAGGUGCGAUUACAUGUACAUCAUGCGUGAUGGAAAAAUAGCUGAGCAUGGAAAGCACAAGGAAUUGAUGCGGUUAGGCAAGGAGUACGCUUCUAUGGUCAAAACAGCAAAUGCCGACGUAGGUGACUAUACCAACGAGUUUGAAGAAGUACAUGCUGAAGAUAUUCAAAAUGGAAUUGACCAAUCAAGUAAUCCGGAGAAACAAGAAACGUCCAAAACAGCUAACUUGAAAAUUGAGUCUUUCACGUUGGAAGUAGAUAACAAUUUAAUUAAAAAUGAUGGAACUGAACUGAAAAAUAUUAAAGGAGUAACGUAUUACACGUAUGCGAAAUCCCUCGGGAGUCUGUUCCUGCUCCUUCCAAUUAUAUUGAUUUACUUGACCAACGCUUCCAUUGAAGUGUACAAUUUAGUACGACUCACAUGGUGGAUAAAGGCAAUUGAUACGAGGGAAAUCUACAACGAGAGUACUUCCACUUAUUACGAGCGUUGGUGUAGCGUCAGCCUGUUACUUUUAGUACUUGGUUGUACGAUCCAAAGUUUUGUUGCACAAUUCGCAAUAACACGAAUCACUAAUAAUAUGCACGACUCAUUGUUAACAAAAAUAAUUCAUGCUCCUGCACGUUUCUUCCACUCAAAGGACUACCACGUUAUGAAGUCUCAUUUUAUGAAUGACCUUAAUUUUGUUAGUACUGAGCUUCCGACAAAAUUGGACAAUACUCUGAGAUACACAGCUAUUAUUUUCUUCGCCUUCUUCGUUAUGCUCAGUACCAUUCCUUGGUUCACAAACUACGUUGUACUCACCAUUGUAUUUUUUCUUUACGUUGGAAAGAUUUACAGAGCUGCCCAAAUAAACUUUAAGCUCUUGGAGCACAAAAUAAGACUGGAGAUCAACAAUUUCCUUCAAAACAGUAUUGAGGGGCUGAGCACAAUCCGCAUCUUCAAAAAGGAAAAUGAUUUAAUGAGCAAGUUUCAGGAUUUAGUUGACCUCAAUAGUGCAUGCUGUUUCAUCCGAGGUGUCUCAAAGAGUUGGUUAUCUUCGAGGCUUGAGGUUCUCACGGCUAGCUGUAUAUUUGUCGCUUCCUUUUUUACAAUCAGCCUACAAGAACAUACGUCACCAGUACUGUUUGGACUGACUUUUGUUUACAUAUUCCAAGUGCCGCAUAUCAUAAAAAUGGGCAUCAAUUAUCUACUCAAGACAGAACAGUGCUUUACUAAUGUACAAAACAUAUGUGACUACCUUGCAGCUCUUCAGUAUGGCGAUGACGAUAAAACAACAACACCUACUCUCAAUACUGAAGAAUGGCUGCCAGCAGGACACGUUCAGUUUGAAGAUGUGGUAAUUCGCCCCAGGUUGGACGAGCCUCCUAUAAUAGAUCACUUGUCGUUUCAAGUAAAGAAAGGAGAAAAAUGCGGAAUACUAACCAAAACAAAGGCUGAAAGAAAUGCAAUCGUAGCCGCAAUCUAUGGUCUUUACAAGUUGAACAAUGGCCAAAUUACCAUUGACUGCACUGACGUACGAAUCAUUGGUUUAAAACGACUGACAUCCCAAGUGUUUUUCGUACCCGAAAAUCCCACAUUUUACGGCACCGUCAGGUGUUUCCUGGAUUCCAAAAAUUGUUACGACGAUGCAGAAAUAUGGAGCGUUCUGGAAAAACUACACCUGAAAGACGUAAUCUCGAAGGUUGCCUCGCAACUUGACUGUUCGUUUGCCAAAAGUAUGUUCAACGCCGUUGAGAAGCAAUUACUCUUCUUCGCAAGGGCUUAUCUCAGCCAAUGCAAAGUCAUACUGAUGGAGGAGAACUCGAGCACCGAUCAUCAAAGCACUGCUUUGAUUCAGGAGGUGAUCGAAAAACAGUUCGAGGGCUGUACAGUACUGGUUUUUGCUCAGCGUCCGAGAUUUGUGCUGUCGUGUCAUUCCGUGUUGAUUGUUGAGAAUGGCAGAAUGUUGGGGAACGAUUACACGUCGACUUUUUUGGAGCAGGAGGAAUCGCAUUUUAAAAAGUGGAUGGUGGAAGACGAGUUGGACAGGUCGAGGUUCUGAGUAUGAGAUUGUGCAAAUUGAACCGAAACGUCAGAUUGACAAACUCUAAAACUGAAUUGGUCAAAGUUGGGUCAUUAAUUUUCCAGCGGAUCUAAGUUCAGCACAGUACAGUAGUUAAAAAGCCACUGACUUUAAACAAAAAAAAAUAGUCCUAACAGGCUCAAAACUGUUAAUUGAAUACAUUCAAGAUCAAACGUUGGUAGCAAACGUAAACGACAUAUAGAGUUCCACUGAUUUAUAAGCGACCAUAUUGUUAAAAUUUUUAAACCAGCGAAUGAUCACUGAUUCAGUUUUAGAGAAUAAAAGAAUGGAAAGCCAUUGAGAAACGUCUCUUUCAAGCUAUGGAUUUCGAUUAGUUUUGGGUGUUUUUUGAAAUCUUUAGCAGCAAUGAUUUUUUAUGUUUUGUUUCAUAAGCAACAAUGCAGUGUAAAAUUCUUUCAUGAUUUUGAAAUACUUUAGUAACCAUCACUCAUUUUACAAAUUGUAUAUUAGCAAUUGUAUUAUUUUAUAUUAUUGUCAGAGUUUAUAUGUACACUUGCUUGAAAUUAAAUCAUACAUAACAUUUGAUUUCUUCAUCGAUUUUUCUAUACUUUAUGAGGUCAAAUACUUUGUUACGACAAAUUGGUUUUAGUUUUCUAACCAAUUGAUUUGUGAACAGCAUAAAUGAUUUCGUUGCUUCAACUAAUGAAAAUAUAAUUUAUUUACUGAUGAA